AUGGGAGAAAAGAACAAAAAAAUUAAAGAGAAAACUGGUUUUGGUAGUGGAAAAAGGUUAUCAAGAAAAGCAAGAGAAACUUUGAAACAGUAUGGAACUUUAAAUCCAUUUGAAGAAGAAGAAGUUAGUUCGAAUUCGGACGAAGAAAAAAAAUCAUAUCGCAAAAUAACUGAAUCACAAUUGGAUAAGGAAAGACAACAAGAAUCUAAAUUCGAUAAUGAUGAUAACAAUUCGGAUGAUUUCAUUUUUGAUGAUGAUGAUAUAAGAAAAAGGCCAGCUUCUUCUUACAAAAAACUUAUUGAAUUAUUACAAAAAAAUUCAAAGAAUUUGAAUGAUCGAGAAUUUUUUAAACGACGAAAAUUAGAAGAGGAAGGAAAGGAAUAUAUAGAAAUAUUUAAAAAUGAAACUAAAGAUGAUUUAGAAAAUACUAACCCAAGUAAUUCGAAUGAUUUAAAGAAGGGUAAUCAAGAUAAAGAUGAGAAAGAUGAAUUCGAAAUUCAUUUUGGAGAUGAUCAACCUAAUGACAUUAAUAUAAAAAUAGAAAAUGUAGAUGAAAAGAAAUGGAAAAUUUCCAAUACAGAAGACUCAAUUUUAAAAUUAGUAACAAAAUAUUCUCUAGAUGAAGAAGAAGACGACAAGAAACACGAAGAAAAUGGACCAAAUUUUAUAUCUUUUAAGCUUAAAAAAAAGUUACUUAAUACUUGGGAAAAACUAAAUGGAAAUAAAAAGGAAAUGUUUUCUGAAUUACAAGGUCAUCUUUUCCGUAAAUUUAAUAAAUAUCAAGAUGUUUUGUAUUCAAAUCGAUCUUAUGAAAAUUCACAAGAAAUAAGACAGAUUUAUGUUUUACACGCUUUGAAUCAUAUAUUUAAAACACGACAGACUGUUCUAAAAAAUAAUGCGAAAAUUACCUACGCACAUUCGACUAAUAAAGAAAUCGAUGAAUUUCGAGAUCAAGGUUUCACUCGACCAAAAGUUUUAAUUUUAUUACCUUUCCGAAAUUCCGCUUUAAAUGAAAAUCGCAAACGAUUCUUUGAUUCAUAUAGUAUUGAAGCUGAUCAAGAAAGAAUUGAUCCUAAAAAACCUGCUGAUUUUUUAGAAACUUUUAAGGGAAAUAAUGAUGAUAUGUUUAGGGUUGGUAUAAAGUUUACUCGAAAAUCGAUAAAAUUUUAUUCCGAAUUUUAUAAUGCGGACAUUAUUAUAGCUUCCCCAUUAGGGUUACGAAUGAUAAUUGGGGCGGAGGAAGACAAAAAGCGUGAUUUUGAUUUUCUUUCUUCGAUUGAAUUACUAAUAAUUGAUCAAUGUGAUUCACUUCUCAUGCAAAAUUGGGAUCACGUUAAGCAUAUUUUUGAUCAUUUGAAUUUGAUUCCAAAAACUUCCCAUGGUUGUGAUUUCUCUCGCGUCAAAAAUUGGUAUCUCGAUGGAAGGUCAAAAUAUUUUCGACAGACUAUUAUUAUUUCAGAAUAUUUGACCCCAGAAAUAAAUGCACUUUUUAAUAAGCAAAUGUUAAACAUUGCAGGGAAAUUAAAAAUCAAAAGACAUUAUGAAGGAACUAUUUUAGAAGUGAUACCACAAAUAAAACAAAUUUUUAUUCGAAUUGAUAGUCCUUCAAUAUCUGAAGAUGAUGAUAUUCGAUUUAAAUAUUUUACUGAACAAAAAUCAUAUCCAGAAUUAUCUCAUACAAUGAUAUUUAUUCCAUCAUACUUUGAUUUUGUUAGACUUCGAAACUAUUUUGAAGAUAAAGAUUAUUCUUUUGCUAGUAUCUGCGAAAGAUACAAUAUACGUGGAAUACGUCAUAUUGUAUUUUAUUCAUUACCGGAUCACCCACAUUUUUAUUCUGAAAUUAAUGACUUUUUAAUAUUAACUAAGAAUGAAGUAGAAGAUGAAUCUAAAUUAUCAUGUCAUGUUUUAUUUUCUAAAUUUGAUUUACUGCGGUUAGAAAGAAUAGUGGGAACCAGUAGAGUGAAUAAAAUGCUUCAGGGUAAUAAAAAUAUUUUUAUGUUCUCAUAA